AUGGGCUUUACAACAGGCUUCCCUUUCAAAAAGCUGGGCGGAAUGACCCUCACGUACUCGAUCCUCUACAUGUCCUUAUACGUGCACCGGACCAACAGACACGCACAGCGCACACUGCUCAGACAACAAGCGACGCUGCUCAACUCUGCCGUUGACCCGCUCCCUCCACUGCCGGACCCGCCGGCGUACGAAGUGCGCAAAGCCGGUCUGGUCGAAGAGCUCAAGGACCGCUGGAACAGCGAGGUCGAGACGAUUGUGCGCAACCUGCAGACCACUGACUGGGCAGCCAAGCGCGCACAGUGGGAGGACACGGCCGCGGCGGCCUGGACCAAGAUCCGCUCAAGUCAAGCUGCGCAACAGCUCGAGACCCGGGCCAAGGACACUGCCACCGAAGUCGAGCGGAACGUCAGCCAACUCGUGAGCGAAGGCAAAGCCGCCGCAAAAGACGCGAAGGAUAAAGUGGUCCAGAGCGGCGAGCAGGCAAGCGAGAAGGCAAAGAGAGCGACGCGAGAGCCGAGGCUGCUGGAGCUGAAGUGA